AUGGCUGAAGCUGUUUCCGCACAGUUGAAGGUGAAUCUGGAACAAGCACAGACAACCAACUCCCAACUGUCGGACCAGAACAUAUUGCUCAAAGCUCAACUUCAGGCGGCAUCUGAUUUGCAGAAAAACACACAACAAUCGCCAUUCCACGUCCUUUCUGCGCAGGGUGAAACUCCUCACCAUCAGGCAGCGAUGGAAAGCCUCCAGAAUCAACUGUCUGCUGUUACGUUCCAACAGCAGGAACAACAGUCCAAAACAAUCUAUUUGGAAGCCGAAAACCGGCGUUUGCUCGAUGAGCUAGAUGGCUUCCGAUCGAGGGUUAGCGAAGCGGAGAAAUCUGCUACCGAAAGUCGUAGUGAUUUGGACAAACUUCGUCGAGACCAGGAAGAUCUGAUGGAGUUGCUGACGGAUCAGGAAACUAAGAUAGGAUCUUAUCGGCAGUUGCUAAAACAACUGGGUCACAAGUUGGAUGAUGAUAGUGACGAAGAUGAGGAAGAAAAAGCUGAAAACGGAGAAACUUGA